AUGCGAUUCGGGCUAAAUUACCAUCAAUACCAGGUGCCGGAGUGGGCGCCACAUUAUGUGCCUUAUCCCUUACUGAAAAGGCAAUUAAAGACGGCUAUCAGAACAGUCUACUCUACAGAAACGCAACCGGAUUUCACAGACAUAUAUAGCUGUCUUAAAUGCAGCAUCCAUUCCUUCAGCCAGUUUCAUCACGAGAACUAUGGCCUCCUGACACAAAGGAGUGACGAGCUUCUCCAAAGAUCGGCACCUACGGCAGACGCCUUGAUAUCAAUAGGAGACUCAAACUGCUACAAGCUAGAAAACAUCCUCAAAGCAGUGCUAGAGCUUCGUAAGGAUUCAGAAAAGUUGCAAUGGUUUUAUCGGGUAAACAAAGAAGCAGUCCGGAGGGUGUAUGCCAAGCUCGAGAAGCUUCGCAGCUCGACCGGACAGACUCAUGGAGCCCAUAAAGUGGAGUGGAUCAAGUUGGAGGCUGAUCAGGAUGCAUCAUGGCUGAAACAUACUGAAAACUUGAACAAACUGAUGGAUAGCUUCAUCCGAAUCCGCUCUGAUAUGAAGUUCCAUUCAAACACCAAGUCUUGUAUGGAAGAUGUCUUCAGUCACACCUCCAUUUUCAGUGACACUAUCAGAGCUUUGAAUCGAGCUAUGAUAGAUGAUGAUGCCCCAGGAUUAUCCAAGGUACUGGAAGAGAUGUACACAUGUAACACCACAACGAGACCGUGCUUCCAGGAAAUCCUCCGUGAUUUAACAGGGCGCUCAGUGGUCUGUCGUUCUAAGCGGGCUGCUACCUUUCUGCUCUCAGAAGCAUUUCCCCGAUAUCAUAUUACGCUGGACCACAGAAUAUUGAACGAAAUGAUUGUAGUCUUUGGUCGGCAACAGACUUUUGAAGAACACACUGCAUCGAGGGUGUGUUCUCAGUGCAGUUCUAAAUACUCUUGUGGUAAACCAGAGAGUAACUCGUUCUCCUUGGCCGUUGAGCAAAUCGCGCUCAGCGGAAAGGGCAUCUUAUUGGAAAAAGAUGCUUUUGGGCGUCUUCCACUCCAUUACAGUGCAAUGUAUGGUUUGCCAGGUAUCUGUGGAUUAAUAUUGGAUUUGUCUCGAAAGUCGGGUCAGGAGUAUCCUGCACGCCUCAUCAUGUCGUUGGACUCUCAACGACAUACGCCACUGCACUACGCAGUGAUCAACAACCAUGCACUGGUCACAAAAGCUUUUUUGAAAGCCCUCGAACCAAUGCAGCAAACAAAUGACGAAGCAAAGAACUACGACUUGAUCAAUAUUCUAAAUACUCUUCUUGUCAUUGCAAUAAAAUAUCAAUAUGAUGACAUAGUCCUCCUGCUUGCCAAGUUUCCCCUAUAUUUUCAUGGAAAAGCUAGUCAUGGAGAGACAGCUCUUUAUGUUGCAGCUCACAGUGGGAAUGAAGGAUAUGUGGACAUACUACUUGAGCAUGGUAGGUACCGAGAUCUUGAUAUCCCAGAGACUGUUCAUGGCUGGACUCCUUUAUUCAUUGCAUGCGUGGAGGGUCACCACGCCGUGUCCAAAAUUCUCUUGAAUGCGGCAGCAAAACAGGAUAUUCAUGAUUAUUCUGGUUGGACUGCUAAAGAGCAUGCCGCAGUAAGAGGCCAUCUGACUUUAGCUGGGAUGCUCACUUCAUUGGGUACUGAGGACCCUCUCGGCGGACCUGCAAGCACACUUGAACAGCCAAUUUCUCAAAAUGCUAUGUCACUUAGAACUGACUGUCACCACCUGAUCAUUAAUUUGGGUGUCCUACAAAGCGGGAAACAGGUAAAGGCUGUUGAACUCAGAGAUCGCUCUCCGAAGGAGCUCAUCUUUAUGAAUGCUGGCUUCUUGAUGGAAAUUUCAAUCUCAGAGAGGCAAAGCAUAAGCCAUCUUGUAGAACUACCUUUACUGACUGAUAUGACCAACGAACCUUUUGUUUUUCCAGUUACAGAUCCAGACAGAGCCUGGAUAUCCUUCAAGUUACUCCACGAUAACUCUACACUUCCAAAGGAACGUAGCGUUUUGGGGGGUGGUACAGCUUUGAUAGGAAACCCCAGCGAUCAUUUUGGGGAAAACCGUGAAAGCAUUAUCAGAGAACGUACCGUUCCUAUACUUGAGAAAGAUACACUUGAUGUUCUGGGGAAGGUCACUUUUACGUUCGUCCUCUCUAAACUAAUAUCCCACCAUGCGGGUCCUUUGGUCAGACCUCCCAUCACUGAAGAAGGGGUACAGCUAGUUGGCCAUAGAGAGUACCCCAGGCUUCAUGAAGCGAUAGAUGCAGGUGUAGCACCCGUGGCUAUUGAAAUCAACACCUUCAUCGACAAAGCGCUUGAGAAACUCUUUUCUUACGGCAACAAAAAACGGACCAUUAUACUAUCCUCAUUCACCCCCGAGAUAUGCAUGUUAUUGGCCAUCAAACAACGGACGUACCCUGUAAUGUUUAUCACUAAUGCCGGUAAACCUCCAGUUACGGAUCGAGAAAUGAGGGCCUCCAGCAUACAGUCCGCUGUUCGAUUUGCCAAGAGGUGGAACUUAUCUGGUCUUAUCUUUGCUUCCGAGGCGCUGGUAAUGUGUCCUAGGCUUAUCAGAUAUGUUCAACAAUCAGGAUUAAUCUGUGGAUCCUAUGGAUCUCAGAACAAUACACCAGAAAAUGCCAAGGUAAUUCCCCGAAGUGCUCAUUUAUACAGUAGCUGCAGAACCCCGCGCUACCCCUCCAUCGCCAGCAUGUCUUCCAAGUCGCAAUUGACCUACAGCGCACGCGCUAGCGCACAUCCCAAUGCCCUCGUAAAGAAGCUCUUCGAGGUUGCCGAGGCCAAGAAAAGCAAUGUCACCGUUUCGGCCGACGUGACCACCACCAAAGAGCUGCUGGAUUUGGCUGACCGACUCGGCCCGUACAUUGCCGUGAUCAAGACUCACAUCGAUAUCCUUUCCGAUUUCAGCGAAGAAACCAUCACCGGUCUGAAGGCCCUUGCGGAGAAGCACAAUUUCCUCAUCUUCGAAGAUCGCAAGUUCAUCGACAUUGGCAACACAGUCCAGAAGCAGUACCAUGGUGGCACUCUGCGCAUCUCUGAGUGGGCCCACAUCAUCAACUGCAGUGUUCUGCCCGGUGAGGGUAUCGUCGAGGCUCUGGCCCAGACUGCAUCGGCCGAGGACUUCCCCUACGGUUCCGAGCGGGGCCUUUUGAUCCUUGCGGAGAUGACCUCCAAGGGAUCUUUGGCUACCGGCCAAUAUACUACUUCUUCUGUUGACUAUGCUCGAAAGUAUAAGAAGUUUGUGAUGGGAUUCGUCUCGACGCGUCACCUGGGCGAGGUUCAGUCUGAAGUUAGCUCGCCUUCGGAGGAUGAGGAUUUCGUCGUCUUCACGACCGGUGUCAACCUCUCCUCGAAGGGAGACAAGCUGGGACAACAGUACCAGACUCCUGAGUCAGCUGUUGGACGCGGUGCCGACUUUAUCAUUGCUGGCCGAGGAAUUUAUGCUGCCCCUGAUCCCGUGGAGGCGGCGCAGCGGUACCAGAAGGAGGGAUGGGAUGCAUACCUGAAGCGUGUUGGUGCGCAAUAA